GGCGGCGCCUGGAACCCGGAGACCUAGCCACCCCCCGGCCCCGGAAUGUACUGACUCCCCUCUCUGCUCUCCUCCCCUCCCCGCCCCCCUGCAGGAGGGAGGCGCCCCCGAGUCUCCCCUCCCGCUAGAGGGGCCGCGCGGGCCGGGCCGGGCCGUGCUGGAGCAGCGGCGGCUGCGGCCGCGGGAGCCGAGCCUGCAGCGAGGGACCGGCUGAGGCGCGCGGGAGGAAAGGAGGCGAGCGCUCCGCGGCGCUGUCGCCGCCGCGGCGGCUGCUCACUCUCGGGGAAGAGAUGGCGGCGGAGCGGGGAGCCCGGCGACUCUUCAGUACCUCCUCCCUCUGGCUCUACUGCCUGCUGCUGCUGUUCGGGCGCCCGGCGCCGGGCGCUGCGGCCGCCAGGAGUGGCUCCCCGCCGCAGUCCGCAGGUGCCAGCAUUCGAACAUUCACUCCAUUUUAUUUUCUGGUGGAACCAGUGGAUACACUCUCGGUUAGAGGCUCCUCUGUUAUAUUAAAUUGUUCAGCAUACUCUGAGCCUUCUCCAAAAAUUGAAUGGAAAAAAGAUGGAACUUUUCUAAACUUAGUAUCAGAUGAUCGACGCCAGCUUCUUCCAGAUGGAUCUUUAUUUAUCAGCAAUGUGGUGCAUUCCAAACACAAUAAACCUGAUGAAGGCUAUUAUCAGUGUGUGGCCACUGUUGAUAGUCUUGGAACUAUUGUCAGCAGAACAGCCAAGCUAACAGUAGCAGGACUUCCAAGAUUUACCAGUCAACCAGAACCUUCUUCAGUUUAUGCUGGGAACAGUGCAAUUCUGAAUUGUGAAGUUAAUGCAGAUUUGGUUCCAUUUGUGAGGUGGGAACAGAACAGACAGCCCCUUCUUCUGGAUGAUAGAGUUAUCAAACUUCCAGGUGGAACGCUGGUUAUCAGUAAUGUGACUGAAGGAGAUGGGGGACUAUAUCGCUGCAUAAUUGAAAGUGGUGGGCCACCAAAGUACAGUGAUGAAGCUGAAUUGAAAGUUCUUCCAGAUCCUGAGGAAACACUCAGCUUGGUAUUUUUGAAACAACCUUCUUCCUUAGUCAGAGUCAUUGGUCAGAGCACAGUGUUGCCAUGUGUUGCUUCAGGACUUCCUGCACCAGCCAUGAGAUGGAUGAAAAAUGAGGAGACACUUGACACAGAAGGUUCUGAAAGAUUGGUCUUGCUGGCAGGUGGUAGUCUGGAAAUCAGUGAUAUCACUGAGGAUGAUGCUGGGACUUAUUUUUGUAUAGCUGACAAUGGAAAUGAAACAAUUGAAGCUCAAGCAGAGCUUACAGUACAAGCCCAACCUGAGUUCCUGAAACAGCCUGCUAAUAUAUAUGCUCAUGAAUCCAUGGAUAUUGUAUUUGAAUGUGAAGUGACUGGGAAACCAACUCCAACUGUGAAGUGGGUCAAGAAUGGGGAUAUGGUUAUCCCAAGUGAUUACUUUAAAAUUGUAAAGGAACAUAAUCUUCAAGUUUUGGGUCUGGUGAAAUCAGAUGAAGGGUUCUAUCAAUGCAUUGCUGAGAAUGAUGUUGGAAAUGCACAAGCUGGAGCUCAACUGAUAAUCCUUGAACAUGAUGUUGCCAUCCCAACAUUACCUCCCACUUCACUGACCAGUGCCACUACUGACCAUCUAGCACCAGCCACAACGGGACCACUGCCUUCAGCUCCUCGGGAUGUCGUGGCCUCCCUGGUCUCUACCCGCUUCAUCAAAUUAACAUGGCGAACACCUGCAUCAGAUCCUCAUGGAGAUAACCUCACCUAUUCUGUAUUCUACACCAAGGAAGGAAUUGCUAGGGAACGUGUUGAGAAUACCAGUCGCCCAGGAGAGAUGCAGGUAACCAUUCAAAAUCUAAUGCCAGCGACUGUGUACAUCUUUAGAGUUGUGGCUCAAAAUAAACAUGGCUUCGGAGAGAGUUCAGCUCCACUACGAGUAGAAACACAGCCUGAAGUCCAGCUCCCUGGCCCAGCACCUAACAUCCGAGCUUAUGCAACAUCUCCUACUUCCAUCACUGUCACAUGGGAAACCCCAUUGUCUGGCAAUGGGGAAAUUCAAAAUUACAAAUUGUACUACAUGGAAAAAGGAACAGAUAAAGAACAGGAUGUUGAUAUUUCAAGUCACUCCUACACUCUUAAUGGAUUGAAAAAAUAUACAGAGUAUAGUUUCCGAGUAGUGGCCUACAAUAAACAUGGUCCUGGAGUCUCCACACAGGAUGUUGCUGUUCGAACAUUGUCAGAUGUUCCCAGUGCUGCUCCUCAGAAUCUAUCCUUAGAAGUUAGAAAUUCAAAGAGUAUUGUGAUUCACUGGCAGCCACCUUCUCCAGCCACACAGAAUGGGCAGAUUACUGGCUACAAGAUUCGCUACCGAAAGGCCUCCCGAAAAAGUGAUGUCACUGAGACUUUGGUUACUGGGACACAACUGUCUCAGCUGAUCGAAGGUCUUGAUCGGGGGACUGAAUACAAUUUCCGAGUAGCUGCUUUAACAGUCAAUGGUACAGGCCCGGCAACUGACUGGCUGUCUGCUGAAACAUUUGAAAGUGACUUAGAUGAAACUCGUGUUCCUGAAGUGCCUAGCUCUCUUCAUGUCCGCCCGCUUGUCACGAGCAUUGUAGUAAGCUGGACUCCUCCAGAGAAUCAGAACAUUGUGGUCAGAGGUUAUGCCAUUGGUUAUGGCAUUGGCAGCCCUCAUGCCCAGACUAUCAAAGUGGACUAUAAACAGCGCUAUUACACCAUUGAAAAUCUGGAUCCAAGCUCUCACUAUGUGAUUACCCUGAAAGCGUUUAACAACGUGGGUGAAGGCAUCCCCUUGUAUGAAAGUGCUGUGACCAGGCCUCACACAGACACUUCUGAAGUUGAUUUAUUUGUUAUUAAUGCUCCAUACACUCCAGUGCCAGAUCCCACUCCCAUGAUGCCACCAGUGGGAGUUCAGGCUUCCAUUCUGAGUCAUGACACCAUAAGGAUUACAUGGGCGGACAACUCACUGCCCAAACAUCAGAAGAUUACAGACUCCCGGUACUACACAGUUCGAUGGAAAACCAACAUCCCUGCAAACACCAAGUACAAGAAUGCAAAUGCAACGACUUUAAGUUACUUGGUGACUGGUUUAAAACCAAAUACACUCUAUGAAUUCUCUGUGAUGGUGACCAAAGGUCGAAGAUCAAGCACAUGGAGUAUGACAGCACAUGGGACCACCUUUGAAUUAGUUCCUACUUCUCCACCUAAAGAUGUAACAGUUGUGAGUAAAGAGGGAAAACCUAGGACCAUAAUUGUGAACUGGCAGCCUCCUUCAGAAGCCAAUGGCAAAAUUACAGGUUAUAUCAUAUAUUACAGUACAGAUGUGAAUGCAGAGAUACAUGAUUGGGUUAUUGAGCCUGUUGUGGGAAACAGGCUGACUCACCAGAUUCAAGAGUUAACACUUGACACACCGUACUACUUCAAAAUCCAGGCCCGGAAUUCAAAGGGCAUGGGGCCCAUGUCUGAAGCUGUCCAGUUCAGAACACCUAAAGCGGACUCCUCUGAUAAAAUGCCUAAUGAUCAAGCCUCAGGGUCUUCAGGAAAAGGAAGCCGGCUGCCAGACCUGGGAUCUGACUACAAACCUCCAAUGAGUGGAAGCAACAGCCCUCAUGGGAGCCCCACCUCUCCUCUGGACAGUAACAUGCUGCUGGUCAUCAUCGUUUCUGUUGGUGUCAUCACCAUUGUGGUGGUCGUGAUCAUUGCUGUCUUUUGCACAAGGCGUACCACAUCUCACCAGAAAAAGAAACGAGCUGCAUGCAAAUCAGUGAAUGGCUCCCACAAGUACAAAGGGAACUCCAAAGAUGUCAAACCUCCAGACCUGUGGAUCCACCAUGAGAGACUGGAGCUGAAACCCAUUGAUAAGUCUCCAGACCCAAAUCCCAUCAUGACCGAUACGCCAAUUCCUCGCAAUUCUCAAGAUAUCACACCUGUUGACAAUUCCAUGGACAGUAAUAUCCAUCAAAGGAGGAACUCAUACAGAGGGCAUGAAUCAGAGGACAGUAUGUCUACACUAGCUGGAAGGAGGGGAAUGAGACCAAAAAUGAUGAUGCCCUUUGACUCUCAACCACCUCAGCCUGUGAUUAGUGCCCAUCCCAUCCAUUCCCUCGAUAACCCUCACCAUCAUUUCCACUCCAGCAGCCUCGCUUCUCCAGCUCGCAGUCAUCUCUACCACCCGGGCAGCCCAUGGCCCGUUGGCACAUCCAUGUCCCUUUCAGACAGGGCCAAUUCCACAGAAUCUGUUCGAAAUACUCCCAGCACUGACACCAUGCCAGCCUCCUCAUCUCAGACAUGCUGCACUGAUCAUCAGGAUCCUGAAGGUGCUACCAGCUCCUCUUACUUGGCCAGCUCCCAGGAGGAAGAUUCAGGGCAGAGUCUUCCCACAGCCCAUGUUCGUCCUUCCCACCCAUUAAAGAGCUUCGCUGUGCCAGCAAUCCCACCCCCAGGACCUCCCACCUAUGAUCCUGCAUUGCCAAGCACACCAUUAUUAUCCCAGCAAGCUCUGAACCAUCACAUCCAUUCAGUGAAGACAGCUUCCAUCGGAACUUUAGGAAGGAGCCGGCCUCCUAUGCCAGUGGUUGUUCCAAGUGCCCCUGAAGUACAGGAGACCACAAGGAUGCUGGAAGACUCUGAGAGUAGCUAUGAACCAGAUGAGCUGACCAAAGAGAUGGCCCACCUGGAAGGACUAAUGAAGGACCUAAAUGCCAUCACGACAGCAUGACAACCUUCGCCAGGCCAGGACUCCAUGCUUGAGUCUAGAAGUCUUGGAACUUAGCCUUGAAAACAAGGAAUUGUACAGAGUACGAGAGGACAGCACUUGAGAACAGAGUGAGCCAGCAGACCAGCCACCACCCCCGCAUGGAACUAGCUCCAGGCACGGCCACCUGCCUUCUUCUGGUCAGCCUGGAAGAUGCCUGCAUUGGGGCAGCUUCCCUUUGCCUGCUGAUACCAUGCAGGACUGGGCACCAUGGGCCAAAAUUUUGUGUCCAGGGAAGAGGCGAGGAGUACAACCUGCAUUUCACUUUGUGAUCAGGCUGUGUCUUCGUGCUGCAACUGCAUCAACUUGAUGGAGUGUAGACAUUGGCAUUAUGUACAAUUUUAUUUGAGUCUAUUUUAUUUUACCUUAAAAAAAUAUGAUCCAAAACCAAGGAAGUCCAUGGUGUUUUCCACAAGUGGUUGACAUUUGACUGCUUGUUCCAAUUACAUACGGAAAGUCAUUGACAGUGUGGGUUGUUGCAGGGGUUGGCUUGUUUUUGGUUUGGUUUUUAUUUUUUAAUUCUGAGACAUUGCAUCCUCUACCAGCUGUUAAUCCAUCACUUUGAGGGGGAGGAAAUGUUGCAUUGCUGUUUGUAAGCUUUUUUAUUAUUUUUUUAUUAUAAUUAUUAAAGGCCUGACUUUCUCCUCUCAUCACUGUGAGAUUACAGAUCUAUUUGAAUGAAAUGUAACAUGAAAAGACUUGUUUGUUGUUUUCUGUGCAGAUUCAGUAUUGGGGUGGGGGCUGGGGGUUGGGAAUAGGAAAUGGAAGGGCUGCUGAGGUCCUGUGAAUGUUCCAGUCAUUGUACUUUCUUCCAGAAGCCUGCAGAGAAUGGAAGCAUCUUCUUUUUUGUCCUUUUCUGGUAUAUCCAUCUUAUUGUCACUACAUUGCAACUGCAGUUUUGUUUGGAUGUAGUUAAAAAUUCUGUGCAAUAGGUGGGUGUGGGGAUUUUGCUGCCCUGCGUCUUGAUUAUGUCCUGGUGGGAAUGUCCAUGCUGAGGUCCCUGGUGCUGUUCCUCAUGGAGUGAUGCCAAGUAUAGCAAGAGCCUGGCCCUGUUCCUGGAUGUCAGAGAGCACAGGAUAGAGACCCUUUGCUGCUGCUGAAGGUGGUUCCCUUGAGGAGGCUGGAGGUUAAGAAAGGAGCUUUGUUUCCACAUGGGACUCCUGCUUCUUGGUGCCUAUCAUCAGCUAGGCCAGCUCUCACUUCUACACUUCAGGGCCCCUUCUGAAAAAGCAUCAGCAAGGCUGAGGCAAGGCAGGUCUGUCAAUGUAAUUCUGCAAGUAGGGAAUGAAGAAAGACAGUGGAGAGAGCAUCAGCAGAGGCAGCUGUCCCCUCCAUCCCAGCAGCAUAUGUCCAGGUCUCAGCCAUACACAGAAGCCUUUGCGUUCGCAAAAAGUUGUUGUCUUUCCUUAAAAAGGUAGGGGCUGAGGUGUAUGCUCAUUUCUUUAAGAUUAAGAAUAUGUAAUGAAAAGUACAGGACUGAGCCUUGGGCAUCUUCUCCCCAACAAAUCCCCAGGCAGUGAAGAAGGCAGCUGGGGCUUGCGUGCUGUAGCCAACAAAGCUGCUCAGAGCCAGGUGCAGUGGUGCACACCUGUCAUCCUAGGCUAAAGCAGAAGGAUCACAAGUUUGAGGCCAGCCUCGGCAACUUAGCAGGACCCUGUCUCAAUAAAUAGGGCUGGGGAUGUGGCAGUGGUAAAGCACUCCUGGGUUCACUCCCCAGUAACCCCCCCAAAAAAACCCCUGCUGACCACCAGUGGGGCUCCAGCCCACUAUUCCAGGUCCCUGAGCCCUGCCCAGGCCUCAUGAGUGCCCCCACAGGUUACAGGUGUGCCACCGACCUUUGAUCAUGGGUUAUUUUACCUUUUUUAGAGCUUAUUACACAUUUGCUUUUCUACAACGUAAACUCCGUAUUUAUGAUUUGGGGGGCGAUGAGAAGUGCAGUGCUGGAACUCCUGCUGCCACAGAGCUGUCACGGCACAGUGCCUGGCAGGACUCAGGAAAUCAGUGCAUUUCAGCUGGUCCUGAAGAGAGCAGUGAGAGCUUUCUGGCCCCCAGGAGGGCUAGAUUCCCCCAAAACUGUCUUACCUUUUGCCCAAAGAACAUGCUCAGUAUUGAGGGCAUUCCCUCCCAUGAACCCUGACACUUCUGUUACCUCAGGGCCUUGGUACCUGGAUACUGCCACAGAAUCAGGGCGGGGUGGGGGAGGGACCUAUUUUUAAAUGAAAUAACUGUUCAAAGUUGGGGGAUUUUUUAAAGUUAAGAAAAAGGAAAGCUAUUCUGUAUUGCACCUUUCACAAUUGAAUACAUUUUCUUACAUUUUCCUGUGGUUUUUGAAACUAAACCAUUGUGUGUCUUGUCGUGUCCUAGUUGAGCUGCGGCUCAGCAGUUUCCUUCAGGAGGAUGUGGAGCAAAUGUGUCUGUUGCCUUGCAGCCUGCUGGAGGGUCCUGGAGGACUGCUGGACUGGGUUCUGUAUACAUUUGUUUGGCCUUUUCUGUAGUUGAUGCUGUAAACUCUAUGGCUUUUUAAAAACAAUUUCAUGUUUUUAUUUAGUAUUGGAAACCCAAUACACUUUUUUAAUCCAAUCAAA